AUGUUUCCAUCUAACAAACCUUCCACUUCACAACCCAGUUCCUCAAAACCUUCAACUUCUUCCAACACAUCAUUGCCAAAUUUAGAGAUCUCUCAUGAGACGCCAAUUUUCAACGAGGAAGUUCGACUAGCUGUGAGUACACCGAAGAAGCGUGCAGGAAGGAAGAAGUUCAAGGAGACUCGCCACCCGGUGUUCAGAGGUGUGAGGAGGAGGAACUUGGAUAAGUGGGUGUGUGAAAUGAGAGAGCCUAACAAGAAGACUAAAAUUUGGUUAGGGACUUUUCCAACGGCCGAGAUGGCUGCCCGAGCCCAUGAUGUCGCGGCAUUAGCAAUGAGAGGUCGCAACGCCUGUCUCAACUUUGCAGACUCGGCGUGGCGACUUCCUGUUCCUGCCACUACCGCAACAAAAGAUAUACAAAAGGCAGCUGCGGAAGCAGCCGAAGCUUUCAGACCAGAUAAGACUUUAACAAUUAAUGAUAUGGAAACAGCUGAAGCCGCGUCCGCCACCACAGAGGAGCAGCAUAUGUUUUGUUUGGAAGAGGAACAAGAAGAGGAAGUGUUAAACAUUCCAGAGUCCUUGAGAAAUAUGGCUCUUCUGUCCCCUACACAUAGCUUGGGGCAUGAGUUUGAGUAUCAAGAGAUUAAUGAAGACCUUGAAGAUGUUGAGGUCUCACUAUGGAGUUUUUCUCUUUGA